AUGGUGGGCCCAGAGCUGGGGUUCCUCUGCCAACAAAGCAAUGACCGUAGAUUGAGUAAAUGUACCCAUCUGCUGGGUAAGUGCAGCAACAGCUUCAGCCAAUCCUGCGGGUUCCAUAAAGGCUCGGUUAUUCUGUCACAAAGUUCUUGUGUGAGGAACCCAGAAUGCAGGAAGGCACAGAAGUAUCAAGAAUCGUCAAACAAGCCAGGUCAGGAGUGGAGAAGGUAUCGAAGUCAAGAACAGGCACAGGUCAGCAACGGAGAGGCAAUCAGGACCUGCCCCGGGUGCUUGCUGGCUGCUGGCACCUCGAAGCAAGGUCCCGGAGCUGCGGGAGAGGUGAGUUUCGAGUACCCGCUAGCCGCGGGUACUCGGGGGAACUGCUACGUUGCGGACCGUGACAAAGAGUUAGGGAAAUUCGUUAAUACAUUUACAUCAUUUGAUAAAGCAAAGUCAUCUCUUAAAAGAGUGUUUUCCCAGAAGGUUUUUGACAGGGCUGGUAAAGGAAGGAACCGCUUUGCCGGCAGAUCCAUGUCUUCCCACAAUGUGGGCAGAGGUUCCAGAAACUAUUGGCAAUCCCAACAUCAACAAGAACCACGGGAGAGAAAUACAUUUCUCCAAUCUAGAGGGAUUUCCUGGAGACAGAGAGGUGGUAGACGGUGGCAAAAGCCUAGAUCUUUUUCAGGUUUUCUCAGCAAUCUCUUUCUAGUAAAAAAGAAAGAUGCAGGUUACCGUCCAGUCAUAAACCUCAAAGAUCUGAACAGAUGGGUUACCUAUCAACAUUUCAAGAUGGAGGGUAUUCACAAUCUAAGAGACCUUAUCCUUCCAGAAGAUUGGUUAACGAAGAUAGACUUACAGGACGCAUACCUGACGGUUCCUAUACAUGUGCCGCACCAAAGAUUCCUACAGUUUCAAUGGAAGAACGUCAAAUACCAAUUCACAUGUCUACCAUUCGGCCUAACAUCAGCCCCUUGGUGUUUCACAAAGUUAAUGAAACCAGUGAUCUCCCUGUUAAGAAGCAGAGGAAUUCGGCUGAUUAUCUACCUAGACGACAUUCUCAUCAUGUCUCAAAGCGAGCAUCAGGGACGAAUUCACACUCAAUGGACCAUCAAAACUCUUACCAGCUUGGGUUUCGUCAUAAACCAAGAGAAGUCGGUGUUGAUUCCUCAGCACCAAUUGGAGUUUCUCGGGUUUUCCGUAAACUCCAUACAUGCUUCGUUAAGUCUUCCGACCUCCAAACUCAGCCUCAUAAAGAAGGAAAUUCGAUCAGUUCUAUCAAAGGGUUUAGUCUCAUUGAGAAAAAUUGCAAGAAUUAUAGGAAUGCUGUCAGCUUCGAUUCAAGCUAUUUUCCCAGCGCCUCUCCACUAUCGUGCUCUGCAAAGGUUCAAGAACCGUCAUCUCCAAGCAGGUCGAAUCUACCAAGACCUAGUACCUCUUACGGUCGAAGCAAGAGAGGAACUUCUUUGGUGGCUGAAACACGUAGAUGCAUGGAACGGCAAGGCCAUUUUCAGUUCUCUUCCGGACAUCGUCAUAGAGUCAGACGCCAGUCAACUCGGUUGGGGAGCGCGCUGCGGAUAUCGAACAACGGGAGGCAGAUGGUCUUCUCAGGAAGUAGAUCUUCACAUCAAUUGCCUGGAGCUUCUAGCGGGAUCCUUUGCCCUAAAGUCCUUUGCAAAGGACAAAGUGAACUGUUGCGUGUUACUCAAAAUGGACAAUGUAUCUGCGGUAAGAUACAUAAACCGUCUGGGGGGUACUCGCUCGAGACCUUUGACCGAAUUGGCAAAAGAUUUCUGGCAUUUUUGCUUGGAUCGUGGCAUCACGAUUCAGGCAGAAUAUAUUCCAGGUCUUUUGAACACGGUAGCAGACUGGAACUCCAGAUAUUUAAAGGAUUCCAGCGACUGGAGACUGCACCAAUCCAUUUUCCAACGACUAGCGGAUCUCUGGGGCCCCUUCCAGGUAGAUCUGUUUGCGUCCAGGUUGAACGCCCAAUUGCCCAAGUUCUUCAGUUGGAGACCAGAUCCGGAAGCCCUAGCAGUGGACGCUUUUCUGCAGGAUUGGUCUCGGGAUCUACAUUAUGCGUUCCCACCGUUUUGCAUGAUUCCCAGAGUUGCAUCGAUGGUCAGAACACAGAAGGCUACCAUAGUCCUCAUCACCCCGUUAUGGCAAUGA